AUGUUGGCUAAAUACGCUGAGAGGACCAUUAGCUACGCGUCUCCGGAGGAUUGGGACUCCUGGUCCAAUGAAUUCAAGAAACUGGCGCAUGCCUACGACCUAUGGCACGACCAGAACUUCCAGAAAUCCGAGACUACCCUAGACAAGCAGAUCCGGAUGAUCCCGAUAGUGGCAUAA